UCCCGCUCAUUUGCAAUUAAAAUGGAAGAUAUAUAUUCAUUUAUAAAACAUGAGAUAGGUUCAGAAAGAAUGGUAUAGCUAAUUUAGAUUAUAGGUUACAAGAACUCAUUUAUUAUAAAAAUUUCCAGAUGAAAGACUUCAAGCUAUUUAGUAUAUUCUUUGGUUACAAUUUAUUUUAGAGCAUUUAAUAAAUAUUAUGAAUAGAAUGCCCAACAAGUGGAUGCUGUUUUCACAGUAUUGCAAGAAGCCGAUGAUGGAAAUGGCUUAAUUAGUUCAUUAUUAUCUGCAGAUCAAAUAAAUAAGAAUAUGAAGAUUAAGGAUAUUUCAUUAUAUGCCUUAGCGGAUAAAAACCAGAUUGUAGAUGAAGACCUCUUUCCACCUUCCUUUGGGUAUGCUGCUCAUCAAUAUAAUUUAGAGGACAAGCACCUCUUAAAGUGACUGUUCAUGAAGUGAAUUUAUCAAGUUUAGUGCAAGCCAUGACAGUAGAGUCCUAAAAAGUAGUUGUAAAUAAAAAGGUUGAUGGAUUGGAUCAUAAGAGAAAAAAUGAUUCCUCAGAUUUGAACACGUAAGCCAAUGUAUCAAAACAACUAAAAUCCACAGAUCCAGCCAAAAAUGAUUCUUUAAAAAUGAUGAAUGAAAACAAUACUGUAGCUUAAGAAACAAUUAAUAAAGAAUCGAAAGCAUAAUAAGAUUCUGUAAUGAAGAAGCCUAAGAUUGUAUUGAAGAGCAAACAAUCAGACUAAUCUCAAAGUUAAAAUUAGGUUAAAGAAUAAAAUCUAUUACCAAUCAUUGAAGAGUUCGUUAUAAAGAAUGAUCCAAUCAUUGAAGAACCAGUCAAAGAAGUUUAAACAAAAAACCAAGAAGUCAAACCUUCUGAACCUGUAGUAAAUAUACCAAAUAAAACUUCAAAACCCAAAACUUCAUCAGCUGGGGCAGGCUCUAUGAAAUUAGAUAACUUUUUUAAGAAAAAAUGA